AUGGAAGCAAAAAACGUUGAUAUCAAGAACGACAUUCAUGAGCCGUAUGGAACGAGUGAUGACGAAAUCGAAUCCCAGAUUCAAGUCCUCCGGGCAGCUGGCAUAGGCCUCGGCGAAAAUGAUCCUACCGAACCCGUCCUCACACUGCGAAUGUGGUCGCUCGCGAUCAUCUUUUGCAUUGUUGUCAGUGGCUUGAACACCCUAUAUACCUUACGCACGCCAUCCGUCACAAUCUCUGCCUCUGUCGUCCUCUUAUUAGCCUAUCCUCUGGGAAAAGUAUGGGAGAAACUUUUACCAGAUUGGAAUGUUCCAUUGGGGGCUUGGUCAUUCAGCCUUAACCCAGGGCCAUUCAACACCAAGGCAAAGAUGUUCUAUGGCUACAAAGCUGGCUGGGGCUUUCAAAUCAUGAUCACCCUCGCUACAUUCCUUUUUGGAUUUUGUUUGGCGGGUCUAUUCCGUGCCAUCGUGGUGGUGCCGAGGAACCUGAUCUGGCCGGGUGUGCUCAGCGUCACUGCCCUCGCCACCACAUUGCACGAUGUUGGCCAGGGUGAAGUUCAAGCGAGUUUCAACACUUGGAGAAUGUCUCGGUAUGCAUUUUUCACAAUUGCAGGCACCGUCUCUUUCUGCUGGUACUGGUUCCCUGAUUUCAUCUUUCCGGCCCUGAGCACCUUAAACUUCCCCUGUUGGAUUGCUCCGAAAGAUAAAGUGAUAAAUCAGUUGUUUGGAAUGACCUCUGGCAUGGGCCUUCUCCCAAUCACGUUUGAUUGGAGUCAGGUUUCUUAUGUUGGUUCUCCAUUACUCAUCCCGUCGUGGGCCAUUCUGACUCAUCCCGUCCUGGCCAUUGUGUAUGCCACAUCAAACCUCAAGAUCAACAUUGAUAUUUUUUGUCGGAUUGUCGCGGGCUUUGUCUUCCCUGGCAAGGUACUUGCAAACAUUUGGUUCUUCGACAUUGGGUAUAUUAGUACCAUCAAAGGAUUAUACUUCGCUCAGGACAUGAAGCUUGCCUAUUAUUGCCACAUCAAGAUUCCCCAACGGCAGCUUUUCUUGGUACAAUGCGUUGGCAUGGUCAUGGGAACACUUUCCUCCCUUGGUGCCCUAAAUUGGGCUCUAAACCAUAUUGCAGGGGUCUGCACCAGUGCCGCUUCUAAUGGAUUCAGUUGCCCAUACUCGACCACGCACUUCAAUACUUCGCUGAUUUGGGGUGCGAUCGGGCCACGACGGUAUUUUUCGAACCAGAUCGGGUAUUCGGCCUUGCUGUAUUUCUUCAUCAUCGGCGCGAUUCUCCCUGUUCCGGUGUAUUUCCUGAGUCAUCGGUAUCCGAACUCGCUAUGGAAGAAGGUGCACAUCCCCUUGUUCCUCGGGGGGUUGAAUUAUCUUCCACCCGCAACAGGCAUGAACUAUGGUAGCUGGGCGGUGGUUGGUCUCACGUUUGGCUGGCUGAUUCGGAAGCGACCCUUUUCGUGGUGGGCCAAAUAUAACUUCGUUCUCAGUUCGGCGCUUGAUUCAUCGGUGGGAGUUGCGGGGGUUUUGAUUUUCUUGACGGUGUUUUGCACGGGAGCGAGUAAACAUUUCAAUUGGUGGGGGACAGAGGUGUCCAAGGUUUGUUUGAUUCAAAGUGAGCAAUGGGAAGGUGGUGCUAAUGGAAAAUAUUAG